GUAAAGAAAACCGAUUUUGCAUGAAUUUGGUUUCUGCAGGCGUAAUGGGAGGCUUGUGGCGAUUUCCGAAAAUGGGCAACCAGCAGUUCAACUUUUGAAACCGACGCACAAUUUACACGCUUUGUCGUCUUACAUUUUGCCAUGCCUGUGAUUUCUACGGAAUAUAUAGCGAUUGGCUGUAAUCGUACGACUCAUGCCGCUGCCUGGGGUAUGAAUGGUCUUGUUGCCUUUGGUGCAAGCCAACUGAUCGCCCUUUAUAACCCUUUGGAUAAAACGAGUCAGGGAAUUCUAGAAACGUUACCAGGACAUACCGAUCGCGUAAUUUGCGUUGAUUUCAUUGAACGAGGUCAUGAAGGGGAUCUACACGACGUCGCACUCGUCUCGGGUUCUGCAGAUAAAACAGCCAAAAUAUGGAAAAAGCAUAACGAUAUGUGGGUGAACUCGGCAACGCUGGAAGGUCACCAAGGUGCAGUCGAGGCUAUUGGCUGUAUGCGUGCACGAUCAAUUGCAGCGGAUCAAGGCGAUAUUAUUGCUACAGGCGCAACAGACGGAACGAUUCGUAUUUGGAAACGACAUAUCAAAAGCGAUACUGAGGAUCAAUUGACACUACUGCAAGUCCUUGAUUCUGGCAACAAAUAUCCAACAGCACUUGCUUUAUCAUAUCUUCCAGAAACCACAAUUCCAAUCCUUGCAUGUGCACAUACCGACAAAAAGAUCACUAUUUAUAUCUAUCAACACGACAAGUUCGAAAAGGGACACGUCUUACAAGGCCACGACAACUGGGUCCGCUCGCUUGCCUUUGCUACAUACACCGGAUCUCAGGUCAACGCAACAGCUACCAACCAUACUUUGAGAGAAGGUGAUCUUAUGCUCGCAAGUGGUUCGCAAGAUCGGUACAUACGUCUUUGGAAAGUCUCACCACAUACACCUGCCGCGCCAGCAAAGUCGGCGCCAUUCAAACAAGACCAACAAAAUGAUGGUUUGACGGAUGAUUUACUUCAAGCUUUGCAAGAAAGUGCUUUAACAGGCGAAGCAGUCGAAUUGAGCACCAAAGCGCACCUUGUGGAGGUUAAGGAUUCAUCCGAUCCUUCCAAAAAACGGCAAUAUUCGCUCAUGUUUGAAGCUCUUCUGAUGGGUCACGACGAUUGGGUUUAUAGCGUAUGCUGGGAACGGCCACGGAUGGAAAAAGAUGCCAAUGGUGCUGCCCGCUAUAUACAGCCUAUGCGCCUAUUGUCGGCAUCGAGUGAUAAGUCCAUGAUGAUUUGGAGCCCUGAUCCAGCAACAGGUGUUUGGGUGAAUGAGGUACGAAUGGGUGAUAUUGGUGGUAACAAUUACCUCGGCUUUUGUGGUGCUUUGUUCAGUCCUGAAGGGCAUCACGUUUUAUCACAUGGUGCCAACGGCUCGUUCCAUUUGUGGAAAGAUAUUUCAUCAGAUCCCGAUGAUAACCGAUGGGCUCCUGAAGUUUCCAUCAGCGGUCACUUUAAGGCUGUAGAAAGCGUAAAAUGGGACCCCAAGUCUCGUUUCCUUUUAUCUGCUAGUUUGGAUCAAAGCACUCGGCUCUUUGCUCCUUGGUGUAGAGAAGUGGAUGGCCAAAAAGUGACUACGUGGCAUGAAAUGGGACGCCCCCAAAUUCAUGGAUACGAUCUUAAAUGUCUAUCGUUCAUUCAUGACUGGCAAUAUGUCAGUGGCGCUGACGAAAAGGUUUUGCGUGUGUUUGAUGCACCAAAAUCCUGCGUCGCCAGUUUGGCUGAGCUGACAGGAGAGAAGAACAUGGCUGUUGAAACGGAAAGUCGCCCUGUAGGUGCCAAUCUACCUGCACUUGGUUUAUCAAACAAGGCCGUGUUCGAGGGCGACAUCAGCGAAAUGACCGACGCUGCGGACGAAGAUCAUACAGCCAUCCAAAGCUACGCGCACUCAUCUUCCACGCCAACAUCCUUAAUGGAGGUCAUGAAUCAUCCACCUUUCGAAGAGCAUCUUUUACAACACACAUUAUGGCCAGAAGUCGAAAAACUGUACGGUCACGGCUACGAAAUCAUUUGUGUCGAAGCAACCCACGACGGGAAGUACAUUGCAUCUGGAUGCAAGGCUGCCACACCUGAGCACGCUGUCGUUCGUCUCUUUGACACAUCCAACUGGAAGGAAAGCAAGACAAAGAUUGCCGCACAUACAUUGACAGUGACGCGGGCUCGUUUCUCACACAAUGAUGAUUGGCUAUUGACGGUUUCUCGAGACCGUUUCUGGUCACUUUCAAAGCGAGUUCAAGGCGACCCAGAGACGCCGUAUCAGCUGGUAGCAAAGAACAAGGCACAUGCUCGUAUUAUCUGGGAUUGCUCAUGGAGUCAUGACGAUACUAUGUUUGCGACCGGCUCCCGCGACAAGUCAAUCAAGAUCUGGACACAACAAGGAGAGACAUGGGGUUGUGUUGCUACCAUCAAAUGCGUCGAAGCUGUGACAGCAAUCGAAUUUGCACCAGCACAAGUCGAUGGACAAUAUCUGCUUGCAGUCGGUCUAGAGGAUGGCCAGCUUCAAUUGUUGGGCGCAGCCACUGCUGGCGAAUGGGGAUCAUGGCACAAUGUCGAUAAACGAUCAUGCCAUGUUGGUGUGGUCCGUUCGCUGUCAUGGCGAACCCAUGAUGGAGCAUUCCAACUGGCUUCCGCUGGUGAAGAUCACUCUGUACGAAUCCUAAACGUGAAAGCUUAACAUCUUUCCCCUUGUAAUAUCAUAUGUAUUUUCCUUGCACAUAUACAACCGUCCUUCUAUUCUUUUUUUGCUUUUCCUUUCUACAUACUCAAUCACUUAGAAAACUAUUGAAAGUUUACUUACCAAU